UUUUAUUUUUAUUUUUACUCUGUAGGGCGCCUGAGAAAAUAAAUUAAGGAUUCUCUCUCUCAUUCUCCAUGUUCCUGCAACUUGGCUUUCUCUCUCGUAGAUUUAUGCCCUCGCACUGGCUACUGCCACCCUUUUCCAGUGGUGAUUUAGCCCCGAUUCAUGCUCAACACCCGGAUUAAGAAGCAACAAAGGCCCGGGUAAUUACUGUCCUGUCGGCAAUCAAUUAACUACGGUAGCAGCAACAACAGUAACAUUACCAACAGCAACAACAACAACAACAACAACAGGAAGUGGUUCAAGCAUGUAAUCAAGGAAUUGUUUGGUUUGUUGACCAGAAUCUCUCCAGUGUUAUUUUGACUUUAAAGAACACAACUCAGACAUUUUAACGGGACGUAGCUCCAUCACAUGUUGGUUUUUUCGCCAGCGUCUCAGCUUUGAGUUUGGCCGUACCCCUGAGAUGAGUUCCACUUUCUCCCUCUCCGAUGGGAUGGUCUUUUCUCCGACCACACCGUCAGAUAAAUCCGAUAUCGAAUUAGCAAUGUCGUCAGUGGAGGAGGUCAGCUUCCAUCAACAGCAACAGCCGAGUCAGGUGAAGGACGAGCUGACCACCGGCCACAACCACAACAACCACCCUCACCAUCAUCCUACCAACAACACCUGUUGCAAUAACAAUAAUAACAAUAAUAAUAACAAUAACAACAACAACAACAACAACAGCCAUCAGCAUCCUCCGUGCUGUAACCAGGGCAACAGGUCGUCAUACAGCCUCUGCCAUCAACAGCAGAGCAGUUGUUGCUGUAGCUUGGACUGUCAGAGCUGUAGCCAGACCAAUUGCAGCCAGUGUUGCAUGGCUCAGAGGAGCCACCAGCAUUAUGUGGUGCAGCCGGAAAAGUUGCACACAUGUGACGUGUGCGGUAAGGGCCUCUCCCGGCGUGACCACCUCAAACUACACAAGAGAAUCCACUCCGGAGAACGUCCGUACAAGUGUGACGUGUGCAGCUACACAUUCUAUCGCAAGGACCACCUGCUCCGACACCAGCGCCGCAACAACUGUCGCCGGAAGACGGAAAUCGGUGUGACAUCGCUUCCAUCCCCCGGUGGGCAACGAGAAAUGGCACACAGUGCCGGCAGUAGCAUCGGUCACUCAGGUCGGGUACCGGAGGGCAGCCAGGUGUGGCAGGGACACCAGAAGCCACUACCACCACAACCACUAAAGAUGGAGAGGUCACCUGACAAUUCCCUGCGCUACAACCAUAAUACUGAUGAGUGCAACCAGAUGCAGCAGUCGCAACAUUCGAUGCACAAACUCGUUAUUCCUCAUUAUACAAACAGUUAAUUUCAUAACAGACAUAUACAUGUAUGCACAUACUAUAUAUACAUAUACACACAAUAUAUAAAUGGUAUAUAUACAUGGAUGGAUAUAUAU